AUGACCGGGCUCGACAACCUUACAGCUUACAAGCAUGAGCCGAAGCUGGGAUGGUUGACCGAUCAACGAGUGUUGGCAAAGAGGACAAAGGACAUUCAGAGAGCCAAAGAGAAGACGAUCUAUCAGCGCUAUCGGGAAGAAGUGCCGAAAGAGAAUCGCGUGAAAGGAAUUCAUCCGAUAACUCCCAACAAGCACAUCAAUUUUUCGCGAAGGAGCUGGGAUCAACAAGUUCGUCUCUGGAAGCGCGCGCUGGACGUUUUGAGUGGAGAAGAGCCAUCAGAGAGUCGCUGCUCGGAUGUGGGAGACUCGGACGGUGAUGAGGGCACGGUGCUCUUUGCUGAAAAUGUCAAGAAGAAGAAAAAGGAGUGCACGUUGGCCGACCUCAGCCUCGCCGACAACGAUGUUCAUCCGGAUGCUGAUGUGAUGUCCAAACUUCUCAAUCAUUUCGACAUUAACUCGAGCGCCGGUGACACCACUUCUAUGAAGCCACCAUCAACCAACUCACUCGGGCCAAUCAAUUUCUCAAAGCUU